AUGGAGGAGGCGUUGAAACGGAGAAGUGGUGCCAAAAAGGCGAAGAGAAAUGAGUACACAGGCUAUGAGGACGAGGUAGAAGAGGACAGUAGCAACGAGAUGGAUGUUGAUCCUGAUGAGAGCGGCAAUUCUGACGAAGAACACGAUGGUUCUGAAGAAGAGGGCGUCGACUCCAAUGACGAGGGCAGUGAUUCCGGCGAAGGGGGCAAUAGCGAGGUGCCCGAGGAUGCUGAUGGGGAUGGCGAAUUCGAGGAAGAAACGUGGGCAGGGAUUGGAAAGGAUGAGGGCAGGAACACUGGUGCUGAGCCUGAAGGUGAAAUGGACGUCGACCCUGGUGACAAAGGUGAUUCUGGCAAAACAAGCGACGGGGAAGCGGGGGAGGAUGAACCAAGCGAUGAGAGUGUCGAUGCAGGCACGACUUGGGGUGCCCCAGGUGAGAAUGGGACAGAGCGUAGCGAGGGUGUCGGCAACCCUCCAAAUCCUGGAACGUUUGGUGCCGAGGCCUCUUCUGACAAUCCUCUUUUCCCCGGAAGCAAUACUGAGGUUCCAAAGGUUUCGGAUCCCGUUGUCAAGAGCCCUGGUAUCGUUGAAGCAGAAGGAAAGGGGAAGGGAAGGGCAGAACCUACACCAGAGUAUUCAGGAGGCACUGAGUCUUCGGGGAUGGAGAUUGACGAUUGGGCGGGAAGGGAAUCUGGCCAAACGAAAGGACCUAAUGACAAAGUGAAACCCAUAGGUUCGAGCUUGAGGGCCAAGAAGGGAAAAGUCUCGGAUACGGGUGCUGGGGAACGGAAGAGACAGGGGAAGAAGGCUGAGGAACAGUUGCCACAGAAUAUCUCCAUUGCGGAUCAGAAGAGACGAGGGAAGAAGAAAACCCCAACGAAGGAUGGUCAAAAGCCUGAUAUCGGGCCUUCCACGGCACCUACGGAUGACAGUGGUGUUGAGCCCACCACGACACCGAGAGCUAAUAGUGGCGACAAGCCUUCCACAAUACCGAGAGCUGAUAGUGUUGAACCUUCCAUGAGACCAGUGAUAGUAAAACACGUCAAGCGUGCUGCUUUGACCGAAAUUCGCCGUACACUACCAUCAAGUCGUGAUGCAUCGGUAUCGGACAUUGAAGAAAAGGAGAUUCCGGUCGAGCAGAAGGUUUACAUUGGCGGUGCGCAGGUUUGGAAAAAGUCGGCCCCUGAUGGAGAUGGAUAUUGGUAUGAUCAGGACAAUAACCUCCAGGCAGUUGAAAGCCAGCGGAAGAUCGAGGGAAAAGAGGGGUGGCACCUUGAGGAUUGA